GCCAGUUGGUGGCGGUAACGCACCCUUUGCUGAUUUUCGCCACGAUUUAACGAAACUGAAGAAGAAGAAGUCAUGUGACAGUGCGUUUGGUGGUGUGUUUUUGGUAGCCUACGACACAAAAAUUGAAUAUGACUACGGCACUUACGCAGGGUCUGGAGAGGAUCCCAGAUCAGGUUGGGUAUCUGGUGAUCAGUGAGGACGGGGUGCUGGCUUCGGCAGGUGAAUUGGAGAAUGACGAGCGCACAGCAGGGGUCAUCAUGCAGAUGGUGCAGACAGCCUGCAAGUUUCGCCUGCAUGGUACCGCAGACCCCCCCUUCAAACGCUUGUCAGUGAUGUUUGAGGACCACGCGUAUCUGGUGACCGUGUCCGGGCAGAAGGUCUUUGUGGUCAAACGGCAGAGUAACCAGCGGGAACCGAUCAACGUGUAGCCAGAAUCCGGGGGAAGCGGAAGGACUCUGGGAACUGUGUUCAGUCACCAUUUAAAAAAAAAAAAGAACUUUUUAGCCCUUUUUUGUAAAGGAAACAAAGCUGGUGUGUUCCGGACUCCCAGUGCACAAAUGUAUAUGCUUGAAUUGCUGGUGCUGAUAUUUAACUUAUUAUGGGUGUGCUCACUAAUGUUUCUGUUUCUUGGCAGUGUCACUUCAGACGACAGAAUAAAGGCAAGAAUAAAUUGAUUGAU